GUUGCUGAAGCCCUGGCAGGUGGUACAGUGAAGUGGUGAUGCCUGAUUGUUCCUAUUUCAUCUUCCAGCAGGAACUAUUUGCUGCGAGAGACACAGAUCCCAUGCACAACCUCUCUGCUCAGCCCUGGCAGGCAAAGAUGGCCAACCUGACCUAUGACAACUUCACCCUGGGCAACCGCUCUGAGGUGGCCGUGCAGCCUCCCACCAACUACAAGACAGUGGAGCUGGUUUUCAUUGCCACUGUCACCGGCUCACUCAGCCUCGUCACCGUGGUGGGGAACAUCCUGGUGAUGCUCUCCAUCAAGGUGAACCGCCAGCUCCAGACUGUCAACAACUAUUUCCUCUUCAGCCUGGCCUGCGCAGACCUCAUCAUCGGGGUCUUCUCCAUGAACCUCUACACGGUCUACAUCAUCAAAGGCUACUGGCCACUGGGGGCCGUGGUGUGCGACCUGUGGCUGGCUCUGGACUAUGUGGUGAGCAAUGCCUCUGUCAUGAACCUGCUCAUCAUCAGCUUUGACCGGUACUUCUGUGUCACCAAGCCCCUGACGUACCCGGCCAGGAGGACCACCAAGAUGGCAGGGCUAAUGAUUGCGGCUGCAUGGAUAUUGUCCUUCAUUCUCUGGGCCCCUGCCAUCUUGUUCUGGCAGUUCAUUGUGGGCAAGAGGACAGUCCCCGAGAGGGAAUGUUACAUCCAGUUCCUCUCCAACCCAGCGGUGACAUUUGGCACAGCCAUUCCUGCUUUUUACCUGCCUGUGGUCAUCAUGACGGUGCUGUACAUCCACAUCUCCCUGGCCAGCAGAAGCAGGGUAAGGAGGCACAAGCCUGAGAGCAGGAAAGAGAGGAAAGCCAAGUCCCUCAGAUUCCUCAAGGGCCCUGUGGUCAAACAGAACAACAAUAAUUCUCCCAAGAGGGCCGUGGAGGUGAAGGAGGAGGUGAGGAAUGGGAAAGUGGAUGACCAGCCAUCCGCCCAGACAGAGGCCACUGGCCAUCAGGAGGAGAAGGAGACAUCCAAUGAGUCCAGCACUGUCAGCAUGACCCAGACCACAAAAGACAAGCCCACAGCAGAAGUCUUGCCAGCAGGGCAAGGACAGAGUCCAGCCAACCCCCGAGUGAACCCAACUUCCAAGUGGUCCAAGAUUAAGAUUGUCACCAAGCAGACUGGGACUGAAUGCGUCACCGCCAUUGAGAUUGUCCCAGCUAAAUCAGGUGCCUCUAACCACAACUCCCUGGCCAACAGCCGCCCAGUCAAUGUUGCCAGGAAGUUUGCCAGCAUCGCCAGGAGCCAAGUACGGAAGAAGCGCCAGAUGGCUGCCCGAGAGAAGAAAGUCACCCGAACCAUAUUUGCCAUCCUGCUGGCCUUCAUACUCACAUGGACCCCCUACAACGUGAUGGUCCUCAUUAACACCUUCUGUGAGACCUGCGUGCCCGAAACAGUGUGGUCCAUUGGCUAUUGGCUCUGCUAUGUCAACAGCACCAUCAACCCAGCCUGCUAUGCCCUCUGCAAUGCCACUUUCAAGAAAACCUUCAAGCACCUUCUCAUGUGCCAGUACAGGAACAUUGGCACAGCCAGAUAAACUGGUACUCAGGGACCACUUCAGUAACCUUAUGGAAACCCUUCCUUUUGCCUCCUUUGCCAGCGGGGGUUCUUCUGCUCCCCACUCACUACAGUGCAGACUGUACAGUGAUUGCAGAGGAUGCCCUUCAUCCAACGCUGACAAAAAUCCAAGGCAUUUCUGAGCUGCAGGUCCUUCCAGUCGCCCUGGGCCUGGGGACUAGAUCAGGGAGUCACUGGGAAAGCCAGAGGCAAGAGGAGAUGUGGUCACCAGGAGCACUUCCUAGCUCCAUGCUCUUGAGAUUGGCCAAAUGGCAUCAGUGUUUCUCCUAAGACUGGAUGUACCUUUUUC